GGCUUCCUGAGGGCCAAUCCGAGGCAGAGAUGAACCCUGGAAUGUUCUUUUGCAGCCACUGCUUACUUGACUUGGCCUUGUGAGCUGGAGCGGAAUCCUGCUGUAAAGCCCAAUGAAUUCCAGCAAACAGAGUAUCAUUUAGAGGAUUGAAAAAAGGUUACAAAAUAUCGUCCUGAUAGUUUUUAGCAGCUGUUUUAACUCCUUUUUCACAAAAAAAAAAAAUGGUGCUUUGUGGUGCCAUCAAAGCAAACUCCUCAGCAAACCAUCACUAAGGAAGGGUGAUGACCUCUUUCCAUACUUCUAAUGACUUCCUGGGCUUCUUUAGAGCUGUGUGCGUACACACGAUCAUUUUGGCGAUUAAAUAUUUCUUCAAUUGUAAAAAUUUUCACAUCAUUAAACAAAAUCUUUCGAUGAAGACCAUUGGUGUAACGGCCAAGGAGCACUUUGCAUCUAUUAGCUCUAAUUUUUUUUAGAGAAGUGGCUAGCCUUUGUCCUGCCAUUCUUCGAAAUGUACCCAUCCUAAGGUCACUUUUUAUUAUGCGAGACAUUGAUCUGAAAGAGAUUCCCAUUUCAUAAGACAUGAUUUGUUGUUUUCGAAUAGGAUUUCUUCCAUAUUUUUGCCGUUCUCACAGUGCGGGGAAGGACCGGUCGAGAUCUGUCAUACAGAGAUAGGGUCUCAUUAUAUCUAUUUAUAGUGCGGUACUCGAACAUACGGCUGAUACCCAAAGGUUUCAAAGUGUUGAAAAUCUCUGACCUACAUUUUCCAACUUUGUGUAAGGCGAUCACAACUAUUCUGUUUUCUUUAUCACCCCACUCCAUGUCAACUGAGCGGUAGAAAAAUACAAACUAAUUGGGAUUAUUAUCCUGACAUGUAAAGAAAAUAACCUGAUAGAGGUGAGGAUUAUCUAAAGAAUACCCAAGGAUAUAAACUGUUCAACUUUUGUAGUAGUAUUCAGGCAGAACUAGGUAUAUAAUUUAUAUCAGACAGAUAAUAUAGUUUGGUGUUAUCCAAAUAAAAAAUCCUAACAUAAUCAUGUGUUUUUCUUAUCAGUUUGAUUAUUUAUAACCUGUACUGAUAGGUUUGUUUACAUAUUCAUUAAUUUAAAUAAUUAAAACGGACAAGUUAAUACAUAUCUAAGCCUAAGAUGGAGAGAGGAUACGAGAAAAUUGGUUUGGUAAUUGAACCACCAUCCAUAGAAUUUGGUGAUUUUUUUCCUGGUGAAGAAUGUUUCACCCAGAAAAUAACUUUUCACAACAGAGGAAGACGAAAUCUGAAGUUGAAAAUAUUGAAACCAUAUUCUUGGGUGUUCCAAUUAGAUGAUGACAGCACACCGAUAUUCCUCUCACCUGGUCUGUCUGCGUCAAGAAACCUUACUUACAUAUAUGCUCAUGACUUUUCCCACGAAUCUAAGUUACCUUUCGUUGUAGACUAUAAAUAUUAUUUUGAUAUACCAAUCAACGUGAAGAGGGGACAGUCGUAUCUGUCGGUGUCUCCACUCCGACUGAACUUUGGUAUUAUCGAUCUAGGAUGUCGAUUUGUUGCUCAAUACCUGGUCCUCACGAACAGCGGGAGCUGCUCUGCCAAAUUCUGUGUGGAUUUCGGAACCAAUAAGUUAGACCUGUUAGCAACACCGAAAAAAGGCCUAGUUCCAGCGUAUGGAAUGCAAAUGGUGAAGAUAGAAAUGGCAGGAUUCAUGCCUGGGGAGCUUCUAGACGAAUUUUGGGUGAAGGGUGACCCUCCAUCCAGAAUAGAAGUGGAGGUCCACGUUCUAUUCCCCUACUUCCAAGCGAUGCACCCGAACACAACUGGCGACUUCACCCUUAUAAAUUUCAAACCGACGUUCUUCGGAUCAGAAAGAUACGAGACCUUCAUCGUGCAGAACGUGUCAUCCUUUCCUUCCUGCUUUGUCGUUUUGGCGGAGAUGAACAAUCAGUUAUUUACACUAAACAAGGCAGUGAAGCAGGUGUUUGUUUACAGUAAUUUCUCCAUUCAUCCGGUUGAAGGGACGUUAGGGCCUUUUGAAGGCCACAUAUUUACUGUAAGAUUUCAUCCUCAUGCUGAUUCGUCAAAGACAAAGGGGUGGAAACAUUCCACCAUUGACGAAUUAGAAUUUUUGUGUUUUCUUCGGAUCCUGCGAGUCGACGUGAUUGAGUGGCAAGAUGACGGUGGUAGAGACCCGUUUUGCACCGGAGCUGGCAGGACAUCAUUUACUGCUGCCUCGUCAAUGUCAGACACCAAUCAAGAUUUGGAUAUGCUGAGGAUAUGCCUCCACGGCGAUGGUGUGAAGCCAAUGCUGACAGCUGUUCCAGAUAGCUUAUACUUCGAGAACAUGGAAGUGGGCAAGGAGUGCAAGAAGGUGAUUCGGCUGACCAACGAAUCGACUUCGCUGCCUCUCGGCUACCGAUACAAGAAGACUGUCGGCGUAUACGUCUACCCCGAGAGCCACUUCAUAGAUCCCAAGAAAUCACUGGAGUUAGCCGUAUCAUUUAGGGCAUCUUCAUUAAUUUUUGAAAACACGCGUUUGAAAUUUGAAGUGAUUGCAUACCAAGACUUGACUGAUAGGAAGCAUUUAAAAACUAUCGAUGAAGUUCAUGUUGAACUUUCAGCCAACAUCAAAUCAAUAUUUAAUCCACCUCAGCCUAAGUUUAACAUGGGUAUAACACCAUCUAUCGCUCACGAAACUGGUGUACAUACGGAAACGGUUAUGUACAAAGAUAUUCAUUCUAAGUGCCCGAAAUCAUUACUCGUUCCAAAGAAUGGAAAACGACCCUGGUUAUACGGUAGUGAUUUCGUUGCCUACCCAAAUGAUAUGCCUAGCUCUUUCAGGGUAAAAAAACAUGACCCAAAAGUCAGGGCUAUAUUCACAGGAACUAAACGCUACACUCCACCUGUCGACCUAGAUUACACCUACUCAAAGAAAGAAAAGAAAUUAAUGAAUAAUCGAAAUGAAAAACUGAGAAAAUUUUAUCAAAAUGAAGCGGGAAAGAUACGUCAAUUUUACCUGGCUCAGGACAAUGUCAAAUUUGGAAAACGGACUUUCUCCGAUGAAAGAUUAGAACAGUUGGUAAAAAUGGACAAAGCUCAUUUAAAUGACGUGUCCUUUGAGAAGAUGAUAAGCAGGAAGGUCUCCCGUGACGUGGUCGAGCUGAAUGAAAUCUGCCCCCUCACUCCCACCCAUCUCUACAACAUAAGGGUCAUGCCGAAGACGUUGGACUUUGGAAAAAUUCCACCAAAUGUCGAUUGCGUUAAAAUAAUAAGAAUCGAUAACUUCAACAAUUUUUCUGUAACGAUAAAGCUUUUUCUCCAAAAAGCUAAAAUGAAAGAGGAGGUUUUCGUAGUUGCAGCAAGAAGCAGACACGAAAAAGAAGUUACUCUAAACCUUAAAUCAUAUGGAAAAUUUUACAGUAAUGUCUCAUAUGUGGUUAACAAUAGCCAUUCCUUUGACCUGAAGCUGUCUGCAGAUGUAGUUCAAAGAACUCUAUCAGUGACCCCAAACGAGUUAAUCCUUAAUUCAACUAAAGGACAAUAUGAAGAUAUUUUUCAAGUGAAGUGGGGUGUCAUAAAGAUAUUUAAUCCACUUUAUGUUCCUACAAAAUAUUCAUGGCAGGUGCCACCUGGUAUACCUUUCGUAUUGGAACCGAUGAGUGGUGAGGUUCCUGGCAAUAGGUCUAUAGCUUGCGCAGUUUAUUCCAAUUUACGAAACAGGACGAUCCUUGGAAGCUCUAUUCACCUGGUGGUCAAUGAAGGAUAUCAAAUUCCUGUCAGGAUCAGCCUUGUAGAGGAGAAGAGUCACAACGUUUCUGUUAUGCUCACUAAAAGAAUCCUUCCCCCGAUUUCACUCAACUUAUUGUUCUGCGAGACAGUUCUAUUCUUCAAUGCAGGUUUCAAGGAUGUGAUAUACUCGAUAGUGACCCCCGAGCCGAUCGAAGGAGUGACCAUGCGACCUAUCGUAGGGGUGAUGCCUGCUAGGGCUUGCAUCGGCCUGGAAAUGUUAUUCAGGAUGACAAGUAUAGCGGCUUUCGACUUCCAUCUCCUGAUCGAGCUACAAGGCUACGAUAUCAUCGAAGCUAAGUUCAUAGGACACGUAGUUUUCCCCAAAGUGGAAUUCAAUCCGAAGACGUUGACAUUGAGGUCCACGCCCUGCUUCUCGCGAGAUUGCUACAACAUACAAGUCGAAAAUCAGAGCCCAGCUCUCGUGCAGAUCCAAUUCCCGAUGGAUAAUUACCCCCAGAUCAACCUCUCAAUGUCCAAAAAUGACAAAUUUCCGGGACUUGAUGAUGAUGGCUUAAGUUUACUGCCCAAAGAUUGCAAAGAUCUCUAUUUACAUUUUAAACCACAAGACCUGGCAACCUAUGAAUUCUACUUACCCUUCAUACUGAACAAAAUAAUCGGUCCUCCUAUAUUAUAUAACGAUGACACUCAAAGGCCCGAAUCAUACAUAGCUAUUAAUAGAGAAAAUAACAAAUUGCAGAAGUACUUCGAUCUCGAUUGUCCUUCAAGGAUUACUUCAAUCCACGUGGACUGCAGCGUGGCCAAAGGUUAUCUCGAGUUCUCUAAGCGUCAGUUCUCAUUUUAUCUCUUGGAAAGAAGAGAAGUUCAAAAGAAGAGUAUUACAAUAAAAAACAUAACAAAAGACAAGAUCUACUUGUUCUUCGAUUCAGCCGUCCUAGUUCCGACGCCUUUCAAAAUGGUGAUGGGACCCAGCGACCGAAGCCAGAUGACUUAUCUGAUGCCCAAUGAUUCCAUCAUGAUAGAAUUGAGUUUUGAACCGCUCUUUCCCAGUGUUUUCGAGUGCGAUCUCCCGCUCAUUGUGAGGGAGCACAGUGAAUUCCAACCCUACACCAACAUUCAUGUCAAAGGAACCUUGCCCAAAUCGGUGCUGUACUGUACCACUUAUAUGAUCCACUUCCUGCCGGUCCCCACGGAGUGUGGUAUUGAAAGGUACGUGGAAGUGAUCGCUACUCACCAAUACAGAGAGACCACACUCAAUUGCUUCAUGAGGAGAAUCAUGGGAGAGUAUCAAGGGGAAGAUAUCUUCGAAUUUAUCUACCCAAAAGGAAACAAAAUACCUGCGAACCAUGAACCAGUUGUAAUUCCUGUCGUGAUAAGAUUUAAAUCUAAAAGGAAUAAUUCUCUUAGAGGAACCAUAGUCAUGUCCGACGAGCAAGAUGGCCAAUGCAGCUUGCAGUUCUCGGCCUGCGCGGACAACGCUGUAGUUUCGAAUCACAUUUACCUAUUUCUAAAACACUCAAUGAAGGGGGAAAUAGUAGAAUCAUCAAUUUCUUCAUCAGAAACGCAGGAGAAACCGCCUUUGAUACGUAUAGAUAAAAUUCAAAAUGCAUUAAUUAAUCAGGAAAUUUUAGAAGAAAUUCUAGAAUAUCCUCGGUUUCCAAAGAAGACAAGCGACUCCAAAUAUGCUUCUUACAUGAGGAGAGUAUUGCUUGCGACAGAACAGUGGCUGUACGAACAAGGGUUCAGCGGAUCAUACAGAAUGAUCAUUGGCGAACACGUCGCCUUCUCCAAGGCCUUCGUGAACGCCACCCACGCCAGAUCUAAGAGUUCUCACCACGACAGUGUCAAGUCUAUAAUAGAUCUACUAUUUAAUUUUGUGGGUCGUGAUUUGCUUUUACAGUAUCAACUUCCAUCGACGAUCCCAGAGGACGAUACAGGACGGAUUGGAUAUUGCCUAGCUGUUUACAAGCAGAUCCUCCAGUUCUUGAAAGUUCAAGGCGGACAUUCCAGCCAUAUCUUCCCGGUCUACCUCCUCGCCUACGACGAUUACGUCUAUUAUUAUAACGAGGUGAAGAUGAGAUACAUGGAUAAGUCUCGGAAAGGCGCUAUUCACUAUCAAGAUAUCUUUGAUGAAAAAGGCUCAACCCAAGUUUUUCUAAGUGAAGAAGAAUUCGAAAGGUACAAUUUACAAUCAUGGAUGGAUAUUAUAUUACAAAUACAUAGGGCGAUAAUACAAGCUGGAAUUCCGUAUCGUGUUGAUAUUAAAUCAGUUAAUGACGAUCCCUCCGUGGAACAUAGCAGUUUCACGAUGACGCAAAAAUCUCAGCUUUCUAGGGCUUAUUCAGUUAUGAGCGACUUGGAAGAAGCCUACGCAGCCGAAAAUAUGCCUCAUUUGAAGAAGUUAACCCUGGAAAGGGCAGACAAAGUGAUUCUGGGCUGGCUCAACGUCGUUUACAACACGAUGAAGUUAACCGUGGAUCGGGAGAACCCGAGGUGGCCUACCAAAUUAAUUACAAAUUUACACACCGAUUUACAAGAUGGAGUAGUCCUCUGUGCAGUGACACUAUUCUAUUGCCCUUUCCUGGAAGACUUAUAUUUUCAAGAUUUUUAUUUCAGUCCCAGUGAUUCAGCACAGAGCCAUCACAACGGCGUGCUGCUGGCGACCGCCUGGAACGCGAUCCGGCUGGGACUGACAGUGGUGCCCACAGAUUUCUACCACUCCAACCCCAUCUCCAUGAUGCUCCUCGUCUGCCACCUCUAUAUGGUGAUGAGGUCGUACGUCCCUCAGUCUACAAUCCAGUUCCUCUCCUGUCUUUCGCAAUCAGUAACAAGGAAGGUAUCAGUGAUCAACCCCAACGCAAGUUCCAUUGGCUAUGCGAUAAAGAUACUCGGGGAUCCAAAUGGAUCCUUUUCGUUGGAAAAAUUGCGGGCAGUGAUCGUCCUUGCGGCUAAGUCGGCAGCUACCAUUCCGAUCAACUUCACCGCCAGGACAAUAACUCCUGUGAAAGCAAUCCUGGUAUUAAGUGGCACAUGCUUACCUAAUGGAUACGCCAACAACAUGGUAUUUACCUUAAUCGGAGAACCCUAUAAAUUAGUUGUGAGUAGCGACUACGUCAUCAGUACUCCGGUUUAUAAGCCCACUUUCAUCAAUGCCAAUGUCUUUUCACCUUACAAAGUGGAAGGGGAGUAUGAAAUGUGGUACACCGAAGAGGAACCUCGCCCAGGCAAAUUAAUGAUUUCCAAAUGGAGCAGCAUACGGCAGCAAAAGCUUCCCAGGAUCUUGCACAUCGGCUGCAACCGUCUACUCAUCCCGCCUUCUAUCAGCCAGCAUGCGGCCGUGCUCCCACUCACUGCGGCCUGCUACUCCUUGACUCCUAGCACCUUCUGGAUCAUUCUCAGGAACGAGGAUAUCGGAGAUUUCAUCGUCAAAGUGAUGAUAAAGCCCAGAAUAGACAAACCCUUCGUGAUCCUGCCGGUGAGGCUGCCGGUCGGGAUGUGCACCGGCUUCCCCAAUGCCCGCUGCUCCUACAACUGUCCCAGGUCCUUCUAUAUCUACAUCCCCUGCAGGAACGCCCGCCUCUGGACUACGGUGAAGGCUAUGUUCUCUCUGACUUUGGAAAAGAAGGAGCAUUCCUUUUGGGAGAACCAUCUCGAGACAAGGAUAGGUUUGGAUCUUGUGAAGUGGAUGUUGGGAGAUCAGAAAGUUAGUGUUGCUCAAGAAAUUGGUUACUUGUUUUCUACUAAAAUAAAAUACAACGUGACAUCAUUGAGUAAAGAUCUGGAGAUUGAACCAACUGUGACGAUUAAUGAUGUUCAUUCUCCAGAUUAUGUGCAGAUCAUGGCGCAUGUUUGUUGCAUGGUACAAAAUGAUUCUGUUACGAAUAUUAUGCUAGAGGCAGAUGGUGGAAAAGAAAUCCGAUAUUACCAAAUCCGUUUUACAGAGCACUCAGGAAUCGCUUUAGAUUCGCAAUGUCUUCCAUGCAGAAAAUGUGCUCCUCCUGUUGUUUCAAAGCAUUCAGUGAAAAGCAAAGAAGCAAAGGCGGAAAUUAAACCUAAAUAAAUAAAAGCUUAUGAAAUAUUUGUUUUUUAUUUGUAUUUCCUUACCUAUUUAUGAAAUACAACGUAAGUCAGGAGUCUUUAACCUUUUUUUCUCUUGAAGACACAUUUAUAGGUUAGAGGCGUGCGGCGAGCUUCCACAAUUCGUUUGUGUUUUCUACAUUAUUCAUAGUCUGAUAUUG